CGUUGUUUGCAAUUACUGGCCUUUUUCAAAAGAUGUGGGAACAAAGUUGGAAACAGAGGAUUUCCAAAAACAUACCAAGGAAAUGAUUCCAUUUCUUAGCCGAUUUCAUGGUAAAACCCACACAAUGUUUUGUCAGCUUUUGUAUGGAGGUCAUUGGAUGACUGGAGCUGCGUCAACAACAGGCGAGACGACUGAACAGACUAACUCCAAAAUGUCUCGUUAUUGAUCCACUACAAAGCACAUGAGUAAUCCAAAUAGAAGGGACCAUUUAACCGAUGGAAUGAUCUACUGGAAUCAAGGAAAGGAAUGCGGAAUGGCCAAGCAACUAGCGAAAUUCUAUAAUGCUGCUCUUGAUGAUUCGGUUCGUUAUGAUAAAGAGUUUGAAAAGCAAAAACAAACAUGGCUAGAGGAAACUAAGCGUCAAUUGCACGAAGCCCGUGAGAAACUAUCCAAGGCUCAGCAGGCUAUGGAUGAAAUUCCAUACAAACUCAAAAAGUUAUUGCAGAUAAAAUCUCCGGCUAAGAAAUUAAGAGAUUUUGCUGUGGUCCAAUCAAACAAACUGCGAUCCAAUCCAUAGUACCACAACUUACAUCGGAUAUCUUUAAACUUGAAAAAAGUCUUGGCGAAGGAGUUGUGCCUCAACUUCCCAAAAUUCUUGAAGACCUCCGGAACGAAGCGUCUCGCUGCCAGAGGAAGAGGAUUACUAAAAAAACUCCUCUUGAUGUUGCAAGGAAGAGUCUCGAAGCGACACAUCUGCUAAUGAGGAAUUUAAAAAAUCGUAUAGCGAAGGAGGCAGCUCCAAGUCGCGAUCAGAGUUCAAAAGGCAGUUGCAGAAAUGUUCCGAGAAAGUCCAAAUCAUCAUUGGAACAAUAAAUGAGCAGACAAUACUCGAUAGUGAAAAAGUAACGAUAGAAAAUUGUUACAAUGGAAUUUUU